UCCCGGGGCCUUCGUGGGGAGCAACCGCACUCUCCCGCGCCCGUGCUUUCGCCUGCGCCGGCCACCCUCGCCGCGAGGUCGGCUGGCCGGAUCUGGCUGACCAGCUCGCCCUCCGGUCUGACCCGAGGCUCCCGGGCCGGCUGCCGGGGACCCGCCCACCAGACACUGCAGGUCCCCGCCGUGCCAGUAGAGACUCCCCGCGGUUGAUGACACCUGGCGGAGGGCUGCGAUGGAGGGGGAUGCCUCUGACUCUAAGGUGACUAUUAAGAAUAUCGAAAAGGAGCUUAUUUGCCCGGCAUGCAAGGAGCUGUUUACACACCCGUUGAUUCUCCCCUGUCAGCACAGCAUCUGUCAUAAGUGUGUGAAAGAACUCUUACUGUCUCUCGAUGAUUCAUUCACUGAUGUGGCGUCCGACAACUCUAAUCAGAGCAGUCCUAGACUUCGGCUCACCUCCCCUAGCAUGGAUAAGAUCGACAAAAUUAACAGAACAGGCUGGAAGCGUAAUUCACUGACCCCAAGACCAACGACGUUUCCUUGUCCCGGCUGUGAGCAUGAUGUGGAUCUUGGAGAGCGAGGAGUCAGUGGCCUGUUUCGAAAUUUCACUUUGGAAACAAUUGUCGAGCGAUACCGGCAGGCUGCCAGGGCCGCCACAGCCAUUAUGUGUGACCUCUGUAAACCACCACCCCAGGAAUCUACGAAGAGCUGCAUGGACUGCAGUGCAAGCUACUGCAAUGAGUGCUUCAAAAUUUACCAUCCUUGGGGCACCGUAAAAGCCCAGCAUGAGUAUGUGGGCCCCACCACUCAUUUCAGACCCAAGGUUUUAAUGUGCCCAGAACACGAGACAGAGAGGAUAAACAUGUACUGUGAGCUGUGCAGAAGGCCCGUCUGCCACCUCUGCAAGUUGGGUGGGAAUCAUUCCAAUCACCGGGUAACCACCAUGAGCAGCGCCUACAAAACCUUAAAGGAGAAACUUUCAAAGGACAUUGAUUUCCUUAUUAGUAAGGAAAGCCAGGUGAAGAGUCAAAUUUCUGAACUAAACUUGUUAAUGAAAGAAACAGAGUGCAAUGGAGAGAGGGCAAAGGAAGAAGCGGUGGCGCAUUUCGAAAAGCUCUUUGAAAUCUUAGAAGACAGGAAGUCAUCUGUUCUAAAAGCCAUUGAUGCCUCUAAGAAACUAAGACUAGACAAAUUUCACACUCAAGUGGAAGAGUACCAGGGCCUUCUAGAGAACAAUGGGCUUGUGGGAUACGCCCAGGAAGUGCUGAAGGAGACGGAUCAGUCCUGUUUUGUGCAGACUGCGAAGCAGCUCCAUCUCAGAAUACAGAAAGCUACGGAAUCCCUGAAGAGCUUUAGACCUGCAGCCCAGGCUUCUUUUGAAGACUAUGUUGUUAACACAUCCAAACAAACAGAGGUGCUCGGAGAAUUAUCCUUUUUCUCUAGUGGCAUAGACAUUCCCGAGAUCAACGAGGAACAGAGUAAAGUGUAUAAUAACGCCUUGAUAAACUGGCACCAGGCAGAGAAGGACAAAGCCGACAGCUAUGUUCUCGAAUACCGGAAGGUUAACAGAGACGAGCAGAUGAUGCCGUGGAACGAGAUAGAAGUGCACGGCACAAGUAAAGUUGUCUCCAACCUGGAAAGCAGCAGCGCCUACGCCUUCCGAGUGAGAGCCUACAGGGGCUCCAUCUGCAGCCCCUGCAGCAGAGAGCUGGUUCUGCACACUCCUCCAGCUCCAGUUUUCAGUUUCCUGUUCGAUGAAAAGUGUGGCUAUAAUAAUGAGCACCUCCUGCUGAACCUGAAAAGAGACCGCGUGGAGAGCAGAGCUGGAUUUAACGUCCUUCUUGCUGCGGAACGCAUCCAAGUGGGCUACUACACAAGCUUAGAUUACAUCAUCGGAGAUGUCGGGAUGACGAAAGGGAAGCACUUCUGGGCCUGCCGUGUGGAACCUUAUUCAUACCUGGUGAAAGUGGGAGUUGCUUCCAGUGACAAACUGCAAGAGUGGCUGCGGUCUCCCCGGGACACGGCUAGUCCAAGAUAUGAACAAGACAGUGGGCAUGACAGUGGAAGUGAAGACGUCUGUUUUGAUUCUUCACAACCUUUUACAUUAGUUACUAUAGGCAUGAAGAAAUUUUUUAUUCCCAAGUCACCUACUUCUUCUAAGGAACCAGAAAAUAGAGUUUUUCCUAUGCCAACAAGUAUAGGGAUUUUCCUUGACUGUGAUAGAGGCAAAGUGAGCUUUUAUGAUAUGGAUCAUAUGAAAUGCCUGUAUGAGCGCCAGGUGGACUGUUCACAUACAAUGUAUCCGGCAUUUGCCUUAAUGGGCAGCGGAGGAAUUCAGCUCGAAGAACCUAUCACGGCAAAGUAUCUAGAGUAUGACGAGGAUGUGUAGCUUGGACACCCCGUGUGACGAGGAUGAAAACUGUGAACAAAGCCUUGCCUUGGUGUUAGACUUCGAAACUAAUUACAUAUCAUUUACAUCUCCUGUCACCACACCUGUUUGUAGCGUGUGAUUGUCUGUUUUGUUUUGUCUUGUUUGACUUUGACUCACAGGGUCUUGUGAUGUAGCCCAGGCUGGCCUCAAACACCGUCCUCCUGGGUGCUGGGAUUAUAGAUGGGCACCAUCCUACCCAGCUAGUACAUGCUUCUAGAACUCCCAAGGCCUUCACAGCCUUGCCUUUUCCGUGCCAGGGUUCUGCCUUUUACAGAUGGUAGGAGUGGAGAUAUUCUGUCCUAACGGGUCCUGGAUAGAUGACUUUACAAUCAAAGUCCUUCUCUUUGGGCACAGGGACUCUAAUUGAUUUAAGGCAGCUGAUGUUGCUACUAUUUACAUUCCUUUUGUUGUGGGGUUGGGGUGGGAUACAGAGUAUUUAUUGUGGUUUCUCCGAGUUUGUUCUUUCCUUUUCUUCCCAUUUUGUAUCAUGUUCAUUUCCAAAGAGAAAAUAUUUUUAAAUGCCUAUUGAUAGGAAUUAGUACUAAGCCACGUGUCUUGGAUUUGUUGUUAAUAGUAAAAUAAAGUUAUAGAUAGGUGAAAUGACAAAGGCCAUAAAAUGGUAGUAUAUUUAAGUAGAAAAUUAUGCAUUUUAAAGUGUGUAACUACUGAGCAUGUAUCCAUUGCCUGGCAAAUGAAUACUGCUUUUUUGUUUUUGUUAUUAUUAUUUUUUUUAGACCACAGACUGUAUUGAUAAGGACAUCUCUACGAGCGUCCUUAGCCGUAAUGCUCAUUAUCUGGCGUAUGUAGAGAGUAUGGUCUCUUAUAGAAAUACAAGGUCCUUGAGCACAUGGAACUUUUCACUACAAUGUAUUUUUUUUUCCAGGAAAUCUUAUCUUCAACUUUUCUUACUUUAGAAAAUGUUCGUUCCUAUUUAUAGCAAAGAAUUAUUUUUCAGGAAUACUAGUUAAGACUGACAGUGAACACCUGUCUUCCUGUGUCGUGGGACUUUUCUGUUUUGGGCACAGAUGUUACACAUCAGGGUUUUCUGGCUUUGGUUUACAGAUUUAAGAAGUUCACUAUUCGUGUUUAGCAGCAUCAAAAUCCCAGACAUGCUACAUGUCCCGACUGUCCAGUUGGGUGACAUUGUAGGUGGGCACAUUAUGUGGUCAAGCACUUGGAGUGUGCAUCAGGAAGAGACAAAAUUCUUUAGACAGGAGUAGCUAAAAUUAAAAGGAUUGUGUAUGGUCAGUUUGAAGAAUUACACCUUUUCUAAAUUGGAUGUUUCUGCAAGAUUAUCUUCUGGGUACUGAAAUCUAUCUUUUUAGGUAGCUGAUUUUUAUUUAAACUGCCUUUUAAAAAGUUAAAAUGUCCAGAUACUAAGACUUACAUGUUUUUAGCACUGAUCUCUUAUGGAAGCUUAAUAUUUUAGUAGAGUAACCAACAUUUUUGGAAGCUGUUUAUUUUACUGAAUUAUUUUUUAAUGAAGGCUGUUAGGCCAUUCACUGCAUUAGUUCCAGCACUGACACACACACACACACACACACACGCACACAGACACACCUACUCGUGUAGAGAGAUCUGGAGAAUGUCUGUUUGGGAUUGCCAUUCCUCUUUCAUUUAUAUCUAGCACUUUAUGACAUAGGAAACAAAGAGAAUGUACAGUGUUACCUGGAUCAUUGUGCAAUAAAGCUGCUAAGGUCACCACGUGUGUGUGGUUAGUGUGAUACCCAAUACUCAUGCAAGCACAUGUCCUGUAGACAUUUUAAAAUGUAAAGCUUUAACAGGAAUCAGAAAAGGAAGCUGUUUCAAACACUGUAUCACUGUAUAGAAAUUGCUUAGUGGAAUUUCAUUUUUAAUAAAAAAAAUAA